AAAAAGUUUCACGACAACCUCAAUUUCACCCACAAUUACGCCUACCGAACCCGAAACUAUUGUCGUAUAACCUUGCGGAAGCCCAUAGCUCAAAAUGUCUGAACGAAAAGUGCUCCAGAAGUACUACCCCCCGGAUUUCGAUCCCUCCGCCCUUACGCGCAAGCGUGGUCCCAAGCAGACCGGCCCCAAGGUCCAGACCGUCCGUAUCAUGGCGCCCUUUUCGAUGAAGUGCACGACGUGCGGAGAAUACAUCUACAAGGGCCGCAAAUUCAACUCCAGAAAGGAGACGAACCAAGCAGAGCGAUACCUCAACAUCCAGAUUCACCGCUUUUACCUGAAGUGCACGCGGUGCUCGGCGGAAAUCAUCAUCAGGACCGACCCCAAGAUCGCCGACUACGCCGUAAUCAAGGGCGCGAUACGGAACAUGGAGCCCUGGCGCAACAAGGAAGGCGAGAAGGAGAGCGUCGACGAGAGGCUGGACCGGUUGGAGCGCGAGGAGGCUGAAGCCGCGGGCGAGGAGGAGAAGAACGCGAUGGCGGACCUGGAGGCCAAGAACGAGGACGCGAGGCUGGAGAUGGCUGCCGCGGACGCGCUCGACGAGAUCCGCCAGCGUAACGCGCGCAUCCAGCGGUCUGAAAAGGACGGCGUGGAUUUCUCCGAGUACGUCGUCAGGCCCGAGGACGAGGAGAGAGCUAGACAAGAGAAGGAGGACGAGGAGGCUGCGCGGAAGGCUUUCGCUGCUGCGAGGGAGAGGCUUGGAGAGGAGAUUAUCGACGACGAUGAGUUUGACGAAGGAGUCAUUGGUGGACCAUCAUUGUCCUCUUCCUCCUCCUCAUCAUCGGCGGUGGUAGCGUCAUCCUCAACGUCGGGGGAGAAGUCUGCAGCGGUGGAGACCGUGAGGGAUACUUCAAUGAUGCCGCCGCCACCGCCUCCCGCCAAACGCGUGGUGAAGAAGAAGAAGGAUUACUCUGCGGCGCUUGGCAUCAAAAAGAAGCCUUCACUGGUCUGAGAGUUGUGUGCGAUAUGGGAAUAAAAGCCAGGGCGUGGCUGCAGCGACUUUUUCUUCGUUUCCCUCCCCCUUGACUCUUUGUCACUGCCCACCUGCAUCACCACGCAGGGGGAAUGGAGAGCAGCUGCACGUCAUUCUUUCCUUUCAUAUCAUGAGCAGGGCUGUUGUUUUACUUGGUGGUAAACUUUAAUCUUUGGGCAUGGCGUUUCGGAAAACGGAGGUUUACCGCACAGACUCUUUUCCCCAGGGUACAUAAUCAAGGCAUUGGGUGGACAGACGGUUGAUGGCGUAAGGGUACACGUACAAGGACAAUGUAAGGUACUCGACGAAUGUUGAACGAUCAAAGGCAACACCGACAGAAGGGGCCGAAGCCCACCCCCAUCCCCCGCCUCUCGUUCUAUCUCCCUUUGACUUUUCGUUCUUCGGACGAUGAAUACCUAGCAAAGUAAUUAAACUCUAGCCGUCCAGCAUUGUUGAGACGUCACUUUCGACCGUUCCCCCUCCUCCCCCUCGCUUUGCACGUCACACACCUUCUUCCCCUUUGCUGUGUUCUAGAUGUUCCUGGGUCGUCUGUGCUUUUUUUUUUUUUUUGCGCAAGCCCCACUGUCGAUCUUUCACCUUGACAGGUCCAGCGCUGCGAAAGCUGUUGCGUAUGUGUGCGAGUGCGGCGCGUGUGUGUGUUGAGCUUGGGAAUAGACUCCAAGGUUUGGUGAGGCAACUGACCUCUUGGCUAUCUCUCUCGGUGGGUUUCUUCUUUGAUUGUGCGAUUCAAGAUUUUGGGUGCCUGGACCACGUCGAUCGUGGCAGGGUUGGUGGAUCUAAGUAGAGAUGGAGAGGAUGGCCGCCCUUUGGGGAGUGUGUGCUGGAAGUGGUCGCAAGUUCUAGAUGGUGGAUGAUUAGUAUCGUCGGAAGCGAAUGUUGUAUGAAUUUGAGAAGAAAUCGUCGUAUAUUUCUUCGUGUUAUUCAAGAUAUUAGUAACAGACUUUAGCUUGAAAAUAUUGUAUCAAUCGAAUGCUGGCUGGAACGCAUGAGAUAUAAAAUAGGGUGAUUGUGAGCAGGUUCGAGUCAAUUAUGUGGUGUGAAGAUAGUAAGAUG